AUGGGUUUCUCUAACACGGUCAAGUCUUUCGACUCGGACUCGGACAAGAAGAUGGAGGACUCCAAGAUCGACAUCAAGCAAGUCGAUCAGUCUGAGGAUGCCGCCUCCUUCAGCCAGCCCUCCUCUCCUAGCUCCGAGGUCGCCAGCCCUCUCGAGCGCAAGUCGUCUUCCGACAAGCAGUCCACCCCCACAACCCAUGGCCUCUCCGCGGUGCGGCACAUUGCCAGCACCUAUCGCAUCAGAGCGCUCAGGGGCCGGAGACCCGACUACGAGCAGGUCGCCUCCGGGUCAGAGGACGACAACGACGACGACGACUCUUCGGACACGUAUCUGGUCGACGAGGAGACCUUGAUCUCACAUUCCCGCCCGAAGAGGAGACGUCGCUGGCUGAUCUGCGGCUCCGUCCUGGGUCUCACGCUCCUGGCUGUCCUCCUCGUUCUCAACAUCCUGAUCUUCAUCUCUCGAUCCGCCUAUGGCGACGCCGAAGAAGACCCCGAUGUCAUCUUCGCCAGUUGGGGCCGGGGCGGCACGGGGACCGAGGGCCUGGCGUGGUACCCGACUGACUUCCUGCGCGACGUCCUGCCCAAGCCCAUCCACUCCCACAACGACUACUGGCGGAAGGUGCCGCUGUUCUCGGCCCUGCACGUCGGCUGCACCGGCGUCGAGGCCGACGUCUUUGAGUUUGAGAACGACCCCAACCUCUACGUCGGCCACGUCAAGUCGGCCUUGCAGCCGAACCGGACGUUCGAGUCGCUCUACAUCAACCCUCUGGUCGAGAUCCUGACGCGGACCAACUCGGGAUCCAAGUUCGCCAACCGCACCCACAACGGCGUGUUUGACAUGGACCCGGACCAGACGCUGGCGCUGCUGGUCGACGUCAAGACCGACGGGGCAUCCACCAUCCGCAGGGUCAUGGAGCAGCUCGAGCCGCUGCGCUCGCGCGGCUGGCUGACGUACUUUGAGAACGGCACGGUGCACUACGGCCCCGUCACCGUCGUCGGCACGGGCAACACGCCCUUCGACGUGCUCGUCGCCAACGCCACGUACAGGGACGUCUUCUUCGACGCGCCCCUGGACAAGCUCCAGGACAGCGCGUACGACCACACCAACUCGUUCUACUCGAGCGUGUCGUUCGGGUCGUCCAUCGGCCGCGUCUGGUUCGGCGGCAUGGCGCAGAGCCAGCUGGGCAAGGUGCGGACGCAGCUGAUGGAGGCGGCGAACCGGGGCCUCAAGCCCCGCUACUGGGACCUGCCUGCCUGGCCCGUCAGCAUCCGCAACCGCAUCUGGGACACGCUCGUGCAGGAGGGCAUUGCCAUGCUGAACGUUGACGACAUCAAGGCCGCGGCCAAGCUCAACUGGGCCAAGAUUUGA